CAGGGCUGGAAGAAAGAGCGCUGGCGGGACUAUUGGUUCAUAAAUGUGUCUGGCGCCGUUUUGGACACUGGAGUGGUGUAAUGUGAAAUUCUAAAUAAACUAAAAAUGAAUGAACAAGACCAGAUUAUGUCUGAAAUAGAUAGAAAGCAAGUAACCGAGUUUAUUGUUGAGACUUCUGAACGUUUGUCCUUGAGAACAACACUGUUGGAGCAAAAUUUAGCAAUUGCAGGCAAAUGGCCAGAUGAUGCCUUCUUCGUAAAAAAGGAUUCAACUUUGAAAAAGAAUACUGCUUUUGUUAAGAAAGUGCGAAACUUUCUUGAUAGCCAGAAAGAUGCACUUUUAUCAGAGUUCGAGUCCCUGAAUCUUUCUAAAUAUGUUGAAGAAGUCGCAACCGCAAUCGUUGAAGCGAAAAUAAAAUUAACUGAUAUUCCUUUUAUGCUGAAGCUGUGUUCAGCGAUGUACCAACGGUAUGCAGAUUUUGGAGUGUUGUUUUUCGAUGCGUGGAAAAAAUCAUUCUCUUCCCACAAAGAUUUAAAGAACACUAAUCUUUCCAAACUACGAGUUGAUUUGGCCUUAUUCGCUGAUCUUAAUACAAUCGGAAUAUUUCGAGACGCUGAUGGUAUCCGACUGUUGGCUGGGCAGUUGACUCUUCUAGCUGCAAAUGAUCAUGAUAACUUCUCCAAUAUCGGGAUACUUAGUAGCUUCUGUAGACAUUGCAGUGACGACUGGAUAGGAGUCAUUCCGCGUCGCAUACGACUGUUAUCUGAAAAGUAUGAAAUGUCAGUUCCACGUUCCAUCUUCAUGUCAUCCGAACGUCAAGCAAAGUGUCGUACACUAUUCAAUGACUACCUAGCUGCAGCAAUGCAUCGUUUACAAAAUAUGGUCAAAGAAACCCAACGAAUCAUCUCGGGAAACAGGGACCAACUCGAAAGUCGUGGUGAAGUAAGCGAAGAAAGGCAAGAGCGGGCGGAGCAUUUGAUGUCAGCCUGUCGUAAAUUUCACGAGUCCUUAAGUACUUUAGCUGAUCUUUUGGACGCGGAUCCGCCACUUGAUUUUUUAUCAAUGAUAAAAGAUGAAUCUACGUCAGACUCGGUCGCACCUGAUUCAGUCGAAAAAGUCGUUCAUGAGGAAGUUAAUCUGUUUGAAGACGAAGAUACGCGUUUAUUUUACGAAAGUCUGCCUGAUAUCAAAGCAAUGGUACCUGCGAUCCUUUAUAAAGAAAGUGAACAAGCUGGUGUAGAAUCAAAUCAGUCAAAAAAUGAGUAUGGGGAUCCUGCUGGUGGAAGUGAGGAUAUUGAUAUUGACACGGUUGAAUCAGAAUUAGCUAAAGAAGAAGCAUUAAUUAGAGUAUCAGAAGAUGGUAAUGAAUCAACUAAUUGCACAUCUGUACUUGAUAAAUCAAAACCAUAUCUGUUAAAUACCGAUGAUGGUGAAGAAGAUCUAAAUCCUUCGGGGAAAGUCCUCAUGGAAACGUUUUUAACCCAAUUACCAAACUGCAUUAAUCGGGAUCUCAUCGAUCGAGCAGCUAUCGACUUCUGUUUGAACUUAAAUAAACGAGCAAAUCGUCGACGGCUUGCUAAAGCUUUAUUUAAUGUCCCAAGAACGCGUUAUGAUUUAUUACCAUUUUAUGCACGCUUUGUGGCUUCAUUAGCCCCAGUAAUGCCUGACUUGGUACAGGAUAUCAAUUCUAUGCUUACUGCAGAGUUCCGUUGGCGUCUAUCUAAACGAGACCAAUUAAAUAUCGAUUCCAAAUUGAAAGUGGUUCGAUUUAUUGGGGAACUUGUCAAAUUUAAGAUUUAUCCAGCUCAUCAAGCUUUGACUUGCUUAAAACAACUUCUUCCACAAUUUGUACACCAUAACAUUGAUAUGGCCUGUGCUUUAUUGGAUAGUUGUGGGCGUUUUCUUUAUCGUUUACCUAUAUCACAUAAACGUACAAAAGUUUAUUUAGAAAUAAUGCUCAGAAAAAAAGUUGCCUUACAUAUGGAUCAGCGUUAUUCUAUUAUGAUUGAAAAUACAUAUUAUUAUUGUAAUCCACCACCGUCCAAUCGCCAGAUUGUCGAACCUGUGAAGUUGACACCUCAAAUGAUGUUUAUACGUCAUAUUUUGCUAACGAAAUUGGACCGAACUACCGUUAAUACAACUUUACGGCUAAUUCGAAAAAUGGAUUGGAAUGAUCAAGAACUUGUCGAAUUUACGUGCACCCUUUUCACUAGGGCAUGGGAUGUUCGUUAUACGAAUAUAAACUGUCUAGCCAGUGUGUUAUCUGGGUUAGCUACUUAUCAUUCGGACUUUGCCAUGGCUGUUGUCGACAAUGUCAUCGAAGAUAUCCGUGCGGGAAUGGAGCUCAACCUUCCCAGUUUGAAUCAGCGUCGAAUUGUAAUGGUCAAAUACCUUGGUUUGUUGUAUAACUAUUGUCUGGUGGAUUCUCCAGUGAUAUUUAAAACACUUUACUCCCUUCUCACAUUCGGUGUUAGCUUGGAUCUUGAUUUCCCAAGUAUUAUUGAUCCACCGGAUUCAUUAUUUCGAAUUACAUUAAUUUGCACGCUACUUGAAACAUCUGGAAGUUUCUUUGAUCAGGGUAAAAAGCGACGAAAAUUAAAUAUAUUCCUUAUAUACUUUCAGCGUUACUACUGGUUCAAGCGUUCUCUUCCUAUAUGGGUGCAGUCGAAAAACGACGCCGAGUUAUCAUCAGCCAAAUCAGUAGGUGAAACGAAGACAGAUCUCAAUACUGGUGAACUAACGUCUUCGAUUGAAGAGCCUGCUGUAAAUCAUUCUGAAGAUUCAUUGAUACCUAAUAAUCCUGAAUCAUCAGUUGAUAUCUCUGGUCCUAAUUCAGAUACUCAAACUCAUUUACCUAUGUUUGUUCCUGUGCGUUUUCCUGUUGCAGUAGAGCAACAAUAUUUUGAAACCUUACAACAGUUCCGUGGUAAUGUUGGUCGAGCGAAAAAUUUCGCAGAAGCACAACGUCUCGUCCGUCAUCUGGAAGCCCGAUGCUUGCCUCGCCUUGCACGCCUUAAGGCUACAUAUGGACUAACAAGUGAAUCAGAAAACGUGGAGAAUGGUGUUCAAGAUCUAAAGAUACUUUCAGAGAGCAAAUCACUUCGACCGACUGGUCCUGGUCACAUGGAUACGAUAACUGAAGAGGCUGAACAAGAAGAUGAAGACAUCCAGCUGGAUGACGAUGAGUAUUCUAUGGAUGAAGAUUCUGAUUUGGAUGACGAAGAUGAAGAAGCAGGUGAAACUCAUUCAUCGCAACGCCGUCAACCUACUGAUUUGGUAGAAUCAGAUGGUAGUCGUCGUCGUGCUCGCGUCGAUAGCCAACAAUCUCAAGAGGAUAUUGAUCUCGCACUGGAGAAAACAGAAGGAAAAGAAGCAGAGGAAGAGGAGAAUGAUCAGAACUAUGAGUUGAAGCCACGAUUUAUUGAUUGUCCUGAGGAUAUUGCAUUCUGUGAAGCUUUAGAUAAAAUGAUUGCCGAAGCAUUGUUGUCAUCUACAUCAGGGAGUAAUAGUAGUAGUGUCAGUGGUACAGUUACUAGUGUAACCAGCACUAUGAAUGUUAGUACUGAUACAAAUCCUGCGUCAUCUCGGACUCUCAGUGUAAAUGUUCUUCCUGCUCCAGAAAUACUACAACUGGCAGCAGCAAAAAGUCGCUUAGCAAUGAAAGAAGUCGGCAGUUCAUCGACAAAUAAUGUUAGCCAGCAAGCGACUAAUCAUCAUAACUCUACCAUUCAUUCUGCGCCAACGAAAUCUAAUGAAGAUAACUUAAAAAUUAAUAAUUCGGAUACACUGUCAGCUGUAAAUGGUGAAGAUAAUCAGAAUACUGUUCCCUUUACACUAGUUUCGCGUCGUGGAAAUAAACCUCAUCUAAUUCCAUUGGCAGUCCCUAACUCAGUACAAUUUGCAGCGCGUUAUAUUCAAGCUGCAGCUGCCGAGAGAGAAGAAAGGGCUCGCAUGAAACAACUGGUGCUUGAAAUGCAUGAAGCUCAGAAAGAAGAAGAAAUGGAAUGGGGUUAGUCAGUAGUAGCUUAGAUGGCUCUUUUUUAAAUCCAAAUCUAGAUUCCAUGCAUUUAUUGUUACAGUCGUUUUGUAACAUAUUCCCUUGUAUAACAGUUUGAGUUCUGUUGUAUUAUUGAUAAAAGUUUACAAUAUUUGACUUUUUUAUUACUAGGUCAUUACGGCGGUCCAGAUGCCGUUUUGGCUCAUCAAUUCCCCAUCAAUGUGAAUCGUGAUCGCUGGGUAAAGUAUAAUCAUCCAAAAGGUGCACCAGAUGCUGAUGUAGUUUUUGGAACACACAGGUAACUUAAAUUUCCACCACUAUGUCAUCGUUGCAUUCUGCAUGAGAAAAUAAAUAUACUCACCAUUUUAUAACGAUAGUCUUUUAUCUUUGAAUUGUUACUCUAAGACUAUUGCGGAAAUAUUAUUACAUUUUUAUUGUAGUGAUUUAAUACUUGUUAACAUAAUUUCAACUAUUGAAAUUUGUUUUAAAUGAAUCAAGCAGUUUGUUUGUCUAUGUAAUUUGGUUACUGAUAGAUAUUUGUUCGUUGGUGAACCAGUUUUCAUCGUUAUCUAUCUGGAUUUCUGAACUCAUCCCUCAUGAAAGAUUAGAUGGCUCCCAUUUUAUUUUGAGAAAUAGGGAUUUCUCGCUCGUAUUUGAUCCAGUGGUAGGAAUAUAAAAGCACCGUAUUCACUUAAAAGUGAAUUGAACUACUAGCAAUUAUAUUAAGUAGUAUACACAAAUAACUAGAUAUAUAUUAUGCUUAGGAAAUUAGUUAAUUAGCUUGUCUACUGUUGCAUUCUCAGUAAACAAUGAACCGCAGGAUUUCACACACUCUUUGUAAACAGUAUUACUAAGCUUGUAUAAAAGGUAACUGGACCUACUAGCUGUUGAUGAUUUUAAUGAGAUAUUUUAUUGUUGCUUCCACUGCUUGGCAACACAAUGUGCAAUAUACCCCAACGUCCAGAUAAGAGAGCGGAAUUGAAGGUCGGAAUAGUGACACAAUAAACCAUGUCUCCAUAGUAACAGAUAUGGCCUUGGGACAUAUCAUUUAGAAUAUGCAAAUGACAUUGUCGUGCUUGAAAACGGUGAUGUUGAGGCUAGGCAAAAGAGAUAAUUAUACUAUUUCGACUUCUUUGCUAUCCAUCUUCUUAGUUUCAUCUUAGUGUUGGUCUUUGAUGUCAACUUGGGCCAUGAAAAAUCUCUAUCGUAUUGUACGUUAUGAUUGGCUGAUUUGAAGAAUAUAGCAAAUUAUGGGUGAAAUAUGAUUCCGCAAUGUUACCGAGAUGUUCUUGUUAAUUUAAAUAACUAUGUAUUAGUAAGAGUAAUGAACAAAUAAUUUGAGGCAUCCUAAACCAAUAAGUACGUUAGUGUUUCAAGUUUCUGAAAAUUAAGGUAUUCUGAAAACUGUUUUAUGACUAACUUGAAAGAAAAGGUUUAUAGCUUUUGGGAUAUUAUCAUCUGUUGAUAUGUGUUUGUUAAUCGAACGUGGUUGUAAAUGUGACUCCAGAUGCAGAGAUGUGUCUUUAGAACGGUUAAAUAAGACAAUGUUUAGUUUACUCUAGCAUUAUUUUAAAUUAACAAGAGCAAGAACAAAAUUUUUUGAGCUCACUUUAUUCUGCUCAAAAUUAACUCUCUAUCUCUUAUAUAAGAUUGCUAGUAAACAUUAGUUCAGUGAUUCACGUAAAAAUUAACGAUCAUACAUACAAAUUUGUUGUUAAAUAUUUGUCUUUAUUUACUCUGUUUUCUUGACAGUCAAAAACGAUGUGCCAAUUAAUGAGCGUAUCCUGUUAGAAAGACUUAUUAAUCAUGGAUCAUCUGUUUCAAAAAAUGGGACAAUUUGAAAUGGGAGAAAUAAUGGAUUGUUCGAUAUUCAACGAAUCAUCCUUGUGUGUGUUGCACAGCAUUCUAUGGGCAUAGCAUGUGUGCAAGUAUGUUGAGAUGCAGUUUUGAUCAGUUGAACAGACAAGAUGUUUUAAAGUGUAAUCAAUAAAAGAAAUAUAUAUUAAGUUUUUUUUUCUUUCCUCGAUUUCUUCAUUUUCCAAUUGUUUUAUAAAAAGAAAGUUUAAAAAAUACUUCUUAUUGAUAAGUUUGAUAGAAAUACAAAUCACAUAAUAAAACAAGACUGGAUUUUAGAUGUAUGAACUUUUCGGAUUUCUACUUGUUUAGUGUAUGUGCUCAUGUUCUCCUUAAGUUAAUUAUUGUACUGUUUGAUUCAGUCUGCUUUUUACUUUAUUCUUAUUUAAGAAAUAACCAAAUUAUUAUCAUCCUUUGAAAAGUCUAAAUAGCGAUUGCUAUGAAGUUGUUUAUCUUUCACUAACUAUUAUGCUGCGAUUUUCACAUUCAGCAAGAAUUGCUACAUUCUCAUUCUUUGUCCAUGUCGCAACGUUUUGUCAUUCAAAAAUACAUUUGUCUUAUUUCUCGUAU